ACCACACCCUUUUAAUGGAAGAAGGUGUGGCUGCUGUGUUGUGCUAGCUAAUUUUUUCCCUUUUUUCAUGGAUCUUUCAGCUAAGCAGAAAAUAAUCCAGCAGUUGUUAAUAGUCUCACGACAGAUUCCAAGGGAUUCUUCUCUUCCUCGUAUAUACUAUCUACUGGAGCCGCUCCUGACUGGUGAAGUCGAGUCUGAUAAUCUUCUCUCAAUACACGAGUCACUGAAGAGGGAUUUGGGAGAUGAAGAAUCCCUUCAUUAUCUUUACUGGUCUCUUAGAGCAACAGCUAAUGAAGGUGUAGCUCGUAAAUUUCUCAAAGAUCUCUUUGACUCGUCUUCUUUCUCUGAAGAAUGGAACCCAGAUGACCCCAGGGUGCUAAUGAGGUUUCUAAUGACACGUAUCGAUAUGAACCCUCAGUUCUCGUCACGCGAUCCGUCUCAGUACGAAACCUAUGUCUCAUUUAUUUUAUCGGAUUAUACUGAACUGGGUCAUCACAGCCAUUACCCACACAACGACUACACUAAGAGAUUGGACCUCUACCGCUUGUUGGAAGAGAAAUGCUACAUUGUCCCGCAAAACAUUGAGGCACUGACUGGUAUAUUGGGACGAUUGGGACUUUUAAAGCUAAAGACAGAGAUCGAGGAAGACUUUGCUCUUCUACUGCGUGACGUCGAUUCGCUUCAACUCAAGAAAACGUUUCGUUCGAUCCAAUCAAAAAUGAACCGAAGCACAAGCCUGCCUCGUAUUUAUUAUAUAUUGGAGACCUUACUUACUGAACACGCCAAGAGGGACAAUCUCCUCUCAAUGUACCAGUCGCUGCAGAUGAGGGAUCUUAAUGGCCUCAACCCUCUCUGGUACAUGCUUUGGGUUCUCAACGGUACUCAAAAUGAGCGACUAGCUGGUCAAUAUUUGUACCCUUUAAUCCCCAACCCUCCUCCAUCAGACUGGAUUCCUACUGAAUCAACUCUCCUUCUAAGAAUGAUACUAGUUAGUGUCGAUAUUUCCCUCAGAGACCAAACUGUCUUUAACACAUUUACCCGCACAAUUUCAUCAUAUAACGAUUACAUUGGCAGUGUUUCUAAUUAUCCUCCAAAUAGGCCUGACUUGCGUAUGGAUCUUUAUCGUCGCCUUGAAGAGAGUUCUGUGAUUAGUACCAGCAACAUAGAACCUUUGCUAAAUGUCCUUGAGAUUCUCGGCCUAAAGGCUCUUAAAGAGAAAGUGGCCGAGUCAUUUGCUAGUCUUUCAAAGGCUGAAGUAAAGAAAGUGUUUGAUGCUCUUAUGUCUAAACUAGACAUACCACGUGUCCUGCCACGUGUCUAUUACCUAUUGGAGUACCUACUUACCGAUGAUGCUCAGAGCAACGACUUAUACUCAAUGUACUUCUCUCUUUCGAAAAGAAACCUUGGCAAAGACCAUCCACUCUGGUACAUAGCCUGGGCUCUAUCCCACACUUAUAAUGAGUCUCUGGUCAAGGAGCACAUGGAAUCGCUCCUGGUUGAUAAUCCACUGCCUCAUGAAUGGAUGCCUCCUAAUCCAAAGAUGAUGCUCAGACUUGUAAUGGUACGCAUGGACUUGAGCGAAGAGUUUCGUGACAGGGAUACUUAUAUUAAUUUCAUUCGUAUCGUGUCACCACAAGACGAGUACAUUGGCAUACCGGAGUCCUUCCCUUUCAAUCAGCAGAUGGAGCGGAUGAACUUUUAUCGGAGACUGGAGAAUGUCAAGUUGAUAAGGAUAGAGGAGAUAUCGGCCAUUAUUAACGGAUUGAGAGGGAUUGGAGAAAUCAAGUUAAUGGAUCGAGUCAGUGAAGAUUUCAGACACUUCUUUUUCUCUCAUCGAAAAGUGACUCCAACUGGUUACUACAGCUCAGCUCAACUAGCUCAUUUUGAUCCUUCUUCACCUCUUUAUUCAAUGCAUGGGCUGGACUCAUCCCUCCCUCCCCCUCCUCCUCCUCCUUCUCAAUCAUCUCUCACUACUCCAGCUGGGCCUAUUCUUAACCAAUCAGGAGGAGGACAAUCUACUCCUGUGUCUCAAUUAACUGGAGGACCCCCUCCCCCUCCUGUCAUAUGGGAAGGAGGAGGAGAAGGAGGAGCUUUGUUGCCUUCAUCAAAACCGCCUGAUUAUAGUUCAGUUGUUAGUGAGUAUCAGUAUCACCCACCAAAGACCCCUGACACAAUGACAGGCCCCACAGGAGCAACUCCUCUCCUAAUGUCUCCUCUAGCAGUUCCUAGUCUUGAAGAACGAAUCUGGAUAGAUGGAGAGUCCGGAGAAGACGUGACCAGGUUGUGUAUUAAGAGAUUACUUGAUUCCUAUAUCUUUCCUGACGAUAAGCAGUUUAUGUUACGUGUGGCGCAUGUCAUGUCUCGUUUUGGUGAUCCUCCAUUUCCUCUUGAAACAGAUGGAGGCAUUUGGCAAGUUAGUCUCUUUGCUUAUAACGACAAUCUCGACACUCGGACUCACGUUCGACUUACAACAAAGUAUGAAAAGAUCUCACGGUGUUUUGGGAUUGACUGGACGUCAGUGGAGAGAAGACAUUUGGCCAUUCCAAUGUAUUCUGCCAUAGCUGCUAGAUUGUAUCUAAGCAAUUUCGCUGAAGCUAUUCCACCUGCUUAUAAAGUUCCAGAGCAAGCAAAGUACUGGUGGGAUAUUUAUAUGAUGAGACACGAGUCAAAACAUUAUAUGAAGAAAGAGGAUUUUUAUAAUACCAUUACAAUGUUGAGUGGCCAGCAGUAGAUAUGCAUGUAUAGCCAUUCUUUAAAAUUUAGUUGUAGAAUUUUGAUUAAU